UGGUAACGGAGCAAACUACAACAAAUCACUGAGCAAAAAACGCACGAGUCUACAGAGGUCAUUCUCCGCUCUACUGGUUGAAUUAACCCGACUGUAACCAAUCCCUGUUACUGCAAUGGACGGCUUUGAUUUAAAUUCGUCAGAAAAGGCCGAUGCUUCAGAGCUCCAAAGGAUGAUCGCAAUUGAACAACAGAAAGCGCAGUUUCAGGCUCAGGUGCAUAACUUCACAGAUGUCUGCUGGGACAAGUGCAUGGAGGGGAGCCCGAGUUCAAAACUGGAUUCACGGACAGAGACUUGCCUCGUGAACUGUGUUGACCGCUUCAUUGACACUACCUUGUCUAUAACCAACCGGUUCACGCAGAUGGUGCAGAAGGGUGCCCAUUGAUGGGAGCUAGAGUAUGGGAAAUAGACUCUGUUUUAUUUUGUAAAAGAACUGUGCAUUAUGUUUUCCUUUAUGUCUCGAACCCCUAACACCAUUGCCUAAUAUUCUGAUAUGCCACAGUACAAUUAUUAAAGAGGUAGGCCUAAAUUGGA